GGGGUGGGGUGGAGUAAGGAGGGGCGUCAGGUGCGCGUGUGGGUGGGGAGCGGGGCACAGCUGGGGUCUCGAGCAGCCGCUUCCGGAGGGCUCUAGGCGCGUGGGCGCGGCCCCAGCCGCCAGGUGGCGCGGAGAAGCGGGGCGACGUCCCCACAAGGUGCUGCCCCGGGCCCGCCCCUGGCGCGCUCCCCGCAGCCGCCGCCGCCGCCCCACUCCCGGAGGUGUGCGCGCCGCCGCCGCCGCCGCGCUCUCAGGCUCGGCGGAGCCCUGUCUCCCGCCCCCGAGCGAAUGGUACGGCUCCCGGCCCCCCAGCUUCCCUCCCGCGCCGCGGCCGAGUGCUGCGCGCCCCCCGGUGCAGACGCGGAACUGAAGUGAGCUCGCCGCGGCGCGCGCGGGGGAAGGACCGACGCCCGGCCCCCGAGGCUCUCCAGAUAAUACCAGGAUUCCUCCUCGGAAUGCUGACCUCUUGGCUGAAACUUGCCUUGCCGUUUCUCUGAGAUGAACUGAUGAGUUGGAACCAUGGUGCAAAAGAAGAAGCUCUGUCCUCGGUUACUUGACUAUCUAGUGAUCGUAGGGGCCAGGCACCCGAGCAGUGACAGUGUGGCCCAGACUCCUGAGCUGCUGCGGCGCUACCCCCUGGAGGACCACGCUGAGUUCCCCCUGCCUCCGGAUGUGGUCUUCUUCUGCCAGCCCGAGGGCUGUCUGAGUGUGCGGCAGCGGCGCAUGAGCCUGCGGGACGACACCUCUUUCGUCUUCACCCUCACCGACAAGGACACCGGAGUCACACGCUAUGGCAUCUGUGUCAACUUCUACCGCUCCUUCCAGAAACGGAUGCCAAAGGACAAGGGGGAAGGCGGUGCUGGGUCCCGGGCGAAGGAAGGCACCCGUGCGCCCAAAGAGACUGGCACUGAGAGCUCAGAGAGUGGCUCGUCCCUGCAGCCCCCCAGUGCUGACUCCACCCCCGACGUGAACCAGUCUCCUCGGGGCAAACGGCGGGCCAAGGGGGUCAGCCGGUCUCGCAACAGCACUCUGACGUCCCUGUGCGUGCUCAGCCACUACCCCUUCUUCUCCACCUUCCGAGAGUGUCUGUAUACCCUCAAACGUCUGGUGGACUGCUGUAGCGAGCAACUGCUGGGCAAGAAACUGGGCAUCCCCAGAGGCAUACAAAGGGACACCAUGUGGCGCAUCUUCACCGGAUCGUUGCUGGUGGAGGAGAAGUCCAGUGCCCUGCUCCAUGACCUGCGAGAGAUUGAGGCCUGGAUCUACCGCCUGCUGCGCUCCCCAGUGCCUGUCUCCGGCCAGAAGCGAGUAGACAUUGAGGUCCUCCCUCAGGAGCUCCAGCAGGCUCUGACCUUUGCUCUCCCAGAUCCCUCCCGAUUCUCCCUCGUGGAUUUUCCACUGCACCUUCCCUUGGAACUGCUGGGUGUGGACGCCUGUCUCCAAGUGCUGACCUGCAUCCUCUUAGAGCAUAAGGUGGUACUGCAGUCCCGAGAUUACAAUGCUCUCUCCAUGUCUGUGAUGGCGUUUGUGGCGAUGAUCUACCCUCUGGAGUACAUGUUUCCUGUCAUCCCACUGCUGCCCACCUGCAUGGCAUCUGCAGAGCAGCUGCUGUUGGCCCCCACCCCGUACAUCAUUGGGGUCCCUGCCAGCUUCUUCCUCUACAAACUGGACUUCAAGAUGCCUGAUGAUGUAUGGCUAGUGGAUCUAGACAGCAACAGAGUGAUAGCCCCCACCCAUGCAGAAGUGCUACCCAUCCUGCCAGAACCAGAGUCAUUAGAACUGAAAAAACAUUUGAAGCAGGCUCUUGCUAGCAUGAGUCUCAACACCCAGCCCAUCCUCAAUCUGGAGAAAUUUCACGAGGGCCAGGAGAUCCCCCUGCUCUUGGGAAGGCCUUCAAGUGACCUGCAGUCUACCCCUUCCACUGAAUUCAACCCGCUCAUUUAUGGCAACGAUGUGGAUUCUGUGGAUGUUGCAACCAGAGUGGCCAUGGUCCGUUUCUUCAACUCCCCCAACGUGCUGCAGGGCUUUCAGAUGCACACACGUACUCUGCGUCUCUUCCCCCGGCCCGUGGUAGCCUUCCAGGCUGGCUCCUUUCUAGCCUCCCGUCCCCGGCAGACUCCUUUUGCUGAGAAGCUGGCCAGGACGCAGGCUGUGGAGUACUUUGGAGAAUGGAUCCUCAACCCCACUAACUACGCCUUCCAGCGAAUUCACAACAGCAUGUUUGAUCCGGCCCUGAUUGGUGACAAGCCCAAGUGGUACGCUCAUCAGCUGCAGCCCAUCCACUACCGGGUCUAUGACGGCAACUCCCAGCUGGCCGAGGCGCUGAGCAUUCCCCCUGAGCGCGACUCUGACUCUGACCCAACUGACGACAGCGGUAGUGAUAGUAUGGAAUAUGAUGAUUCAAGCUCUUCUUACUCCUCCCUGGGUGACUUUGUCAGUGAAAUGAUGAAAUGUGACAUCAACGGUGAUACUCCCAAUGUGGAUCCUCUGACACACGCGGCCCUGGGGGAUGCCAGCGAGGUGGAGAUUGAUGAGCUGCCGAGCCAGAAGGAAGCAGAGGACCCGGGCCCCAAUAGAGAGGUCUCUCAGGAAAACCCCCCACUGCACUCGAGCCCAAGCACCACUGUCCACGGAGCCAGUUCUGGAACUGCCGACUCAGCAGAGAUGGAUGCCAAGGCGACAGUAGGUGUCACCAAGCCCCUCCCUACCGUGCCUGGCAAAAUCCCCACGGACAAGCCUCUGGUGGAAACUGGAGAAGGGUCAGUGCACCGGCGAACCUAUGACAACCCACACUUUGAGCCCCCAAGUGACUUUCCCCCUGAGGAAGAUGAGGAAGAAGAGGAAGAGCAGGGGGAGAGUUACACUCCCCGAUUCAGCCAACAUGUCAAUGGCAAUCGGGCUCAACAGCUGCUGAGGCCCAACAGCUUGAAGCUGGCGAGCGACUCAGACGCAGAGUCUGACUCUCGGGCAAGCUCUCCCACCUCCACCGUCUCCAACAACAGCACCGAGGGCUUUGGGGGCAUCAUGUCUUUUGCCAGUAGCCUGUAUCGGAACCACAGUACAAGCUUCAGCCUUUCAAACCUCACACUGCCCACCAAAGGUGCCCGAGAGAAGGCCACACCCUUCCCCAGUCUGAAAGUAUUUGGGCUAAAUACUCUAAUGGAGAUUGUUACUGAAGCCGGCCCUGGGAGUGGUGAAGGAAACCGGAGGGCCUUGGUGGAUCAGAAAUCAUCUGUCAUUAAACACAGCCCGACAGUGAAGAGAGAGCCUCCGUCGCCCCAGGGCCGGUCCAGCAAUUCUAGUGAGAACCAGCAGUUCCUGAAGGAGGUGGUGCACAGCGUGCUGGACGGCCAGGGUGUCGGCUGGCUCAACAUGAAGAAGGUGCGCCGGCUGUUGGAGAGCGAGCAGCUGCGGGUGUUUGUCCUGAGCAAGCUGAGCCGCACGGUGCAGUCAGAGGAGGAUGCCCGGCAAGACAUCAUCCCUGAUGUGGAAAUCAGUCGAAAGGUAUACAAGGGGAUGCUGGACUUGCUCAAGUGCACAGUGCUCAGUCUGGAGCAGUCCUACUCUCACGCGGGCCUGGGCGGCAUGGCCAGCAUCUUUGGGCUUCUGGAGAUCGCCCAGACCCACUACUACAGCAAAGAACCAGAGAAGCGCAAGAGAAGCCCUACAGAAAGUAUUAAUACGCCAGUUGGGAAGGAUCCUGGCCUGGCAGGGCGGGGGGACCCAAAGGCUAUGGCCCAGCUGAGGGUUCCCCAGCUGGGACCCUGGGCCCCCAGCUCUACUGGAAGGGGUCUCAAGGAACCUGACACCAGGAGUUUAAAAGAAGAGAAUUUUGUAGCAUCCAUCGAAUUGUGGAACAAGCACCAGGAAGUGAAAAAGCAAAAAGCUUUGGAAAAACAGAGGCCUGAAGUGAUCAAACCCGUCUUUGACCUUGGUGAGACAGAGGAGAAGAAGUCCCAGAUCAGCGCAGACAGUGGAGUGAGCCUGACGUCGGGUUCGCAGAAAACUGAUUCAGACUCUGUCAUCGGUGUGAGUCCAGCUGUUAUGAUCCGAAGCUCCAGUCAGGAUUCUGAAGUUAGCACCGUGGUAAGUAACAGCUCUGGAGAGACCCUUGGAGCAGACAGUGACCUGAGCAGCAACGCAGGGGAUGGCCCAGGCGGUGAGGGCAAUGCUCACUUAGCAAGCUCUCGGGCUACUUUGUCUGAUAGUGAAAUCGAGACCAACUCUGCCACCAGCGCCAUCUUUGGUAAAGCCCACAGCUUGAAGCCAAGCGUGAGGGAGAAGCUGGUGGGCAGCCCGGUGCGCUCUUCUGAAGACACCAGCCAGCGAGUCUAUCUCUAUGAGGGACUCCUAGGAAGGGACAAAGGAUCGAUGUGGGACCAGUUAGAGGACGCUGCUAUGGAGACCUUUUCUAUAAGCAAAGAGCGUUCUACUUUAUGGGACCAGAUGCAGUUCUGGGAAGAUGCCUUCUUAGAUGCGGUGAUGUUGGAGAGAGAGGGGAUGGGCAUGGACCAGGGUCCCCAGGAAAUGAUUGAUAGGUACCUGUCGCUGGGAGAACAUGAUCGCAAACGCCUGGAGGAUGAUGAGGAUCGCCUGCUGGCCACACUCUUGCACAACCUCAUCUCCUACAUGCUGCUGAUGAAGGUAAAUAAGAAUGACAUCCGGAAGAAGGUGAGGCGCCUGAUGGGCAAGUCCCACAUCGGCCUGGUGUACAGCCAGCAGAUCAACGAGGUGCUGGACCAGCUGGCGGACCUGAACGGGCGAGACCUCUCUAUCCGGUCCAGUGGCAGCCGGCACAUGAAGAAACAGACAUUCGUGGUACACGCUGGAACAGACACAAAUGGAGACAUCUUCUUCAUGGAGGUGUGUGACGACUGCGUGGUGCUGAGAAGCAACAUCGGGACGGUGUAUGAGCGUUGGUGGUACGAGAAGCUCAUCAACAUGACCUACUGUCCCAAGACCAAGGUGCUGUGCUUGUGGCGCAGGAAUGGCUCGGAGACGCAACUCAACAAGUUCUACACCAAGAAGUGUCGUGAGCUGUACUAUUGCGUGAAAGACAGCAUGGAGCGUGCUGCCGCCCGCCAGCAGAGCAUCAAACCUGGACCGGAGCUCGGUGGCGAGUUCCCUGUGCAGGACAUGAAGACUGGCGAGGGUGGCCUGCUGCAGGUCACCCUAGAAGGGAUCAACCUCAAGUUCAUGCACAACCAGGUUUUCAUAGAGCUGAAUCACAUUAAAAAGUGCAAUACAGUUCGAGGCGUCUUUGUCCUGGAGGAAUUUGUUCCUGAAAUUAAAGAAGUGGUGAGCCACAAGUACAAGACACCAAUGGCUCAUGAGAUCUGCUACUCUGUGUUGUGUCUCUUCUCGUAUGUGGCUGCGGUUCGUAGCAGUGAGGAGGAUCUCAGAACCCCACCCCGACCUGUGUCAAGCUAACGGAGAGGGCUCCAGGCCACCCCAGCCGGGGCCGCCAUCCCACGUGCACCACACUGCUAUGGCCGACACGUGUGUUCUCUGCCAGCCCCUCCCUGUGGCUUAGUUGGGUUCCAGUUCUGUGUCUCUCAGUGUGUCUUAGUGUGUGUCACAGGGCUUAGCUAGUCCUUUUCACCUUCUCCCCCUCACUUUCCAGAAGUUCAGCCUAUUAUCCCCACAGAGGGAGAGGGAGAGAGAGUGUAUAUGUGUGUGUUGGGUCAGUGACUUCUAAAGGACUUAUUCUGGGCCGGCAGAAGCCUGCAUUGUGUGUCCUUGAGACAAUUUGUUUUGUGGUCCCAUGUCCUUGGCAUGUUAACCCUGCAGGGCAGGACCCUACUCUGAGUCCACUGUGCCAGUGGGAAGUUUGGGGCCUGUCCCCUCAGAGGGAAAGGGAGGAAGAGCUAAGGGAGGGGUGAGCCCCCCACCUCCCACCUCCCGCUUCCUCACACAUUUCCCUGACUGGCAUCAGCUGAAGCAGGACCUUGGGCUGCUUCAUGCUGAGCAGUGAUUCCCCUCUGAUCAGCCUCACCUUUGACUGAUAAAACAUGCUGGCUGGGAGUAGGAGAGUCCCAGCACCACUAGAUGUCCUACCCAGAGGCCACACUCAGCGUGCACCUUGUGCUGCCCGACUCCAGCCCUGGGUGCCAGAAGGAAGGACGGUGUGGCAUGGGCAGGAGAUCCAUGUAAAUAUUUCAGCCCCACGUUAUUUAUAGAAAAUGUACAGAAGAGUGGAUGUGAAAUAAAUGUCCCUUAAGUCCCCUCUGG